AUAAUUAGAUUUUGAAAAUUGUCAGAAAAAUCAAGUUGACAAUUUAAGUCGUACUUUGGAAGUUCAACUGGGACCAUCUCAAUUAAAUUUGUCAUACAUACAUACGGUUACUAAAUAAAUAUGGUUAAGUUAAAGUACGCAUUGAUUCCUACGUUUUUCACUAUAUUAAUUACCAUGUUGCAAAUCCAUGAAUCUACGACGACGACAGAAAGUGACCCUUCUUUCGUCGAACAACACAAAAUUUUUGGUGUAAAUUGGUUCCACAUACCACCAGAUAUUUCUAAACCAACCCCCAAACCACACCCGCUGGACCCACUAACAUCUACCGAAAUCAGACUGGCAUCUCAAAUAAUUACAGCCAACUUUUCCCCCAAUCUGAUCCCCAUCUUCUCCACUGUGACGUUAAAGGAACCCCGGAAGUCGGAACUACUUCCAUACUUCUUAAAUGAUACUCUUCCCCCGUUUGUAACCAGGGAGGCGUUUGCCACCAUAAUGGACCCCAUGACCCAAGCGGGGUACGAGGUGGUAGUGAACUUACUUGGGAAAAAGGUGACAAGUGUGGUUCAGCUGGAUCCCGGAACUCAACAGAUGUUCACCAUUGGUGAUAAAGAAGAUAUUAAUGAGGUCGUUUUAUCCGAUCCGGAAGUGCGGAGGAGAUUGGAAGCGAUGGGUUUGACCAAUUUGUCGAUGGUGGUCCCAUUGGGCGGGGACUUUGGAUAUGCCGGUGACCGUCCGGAAUACGUAGGAAAGAGGAUUGCCCAAGUGUUCAUGACUUUUCAAAACUUCCAAUAUGACAAUUUUUUCGCUCACCAAGUCGGAUUCGUCGCCGUUGUUGACAUCCUGGCCAAGAAAAUGCUCGCCAUCGAAGAGCUCCCGACCACGUUAGGGUUCGAAACCAGCCAGGCCCCCCUCGGCGAGACCAGUGUUCCUCGAACCUCGCACAACUAUGAUCCCGCCCUUCUCCCAAGUGGUUUCUUUCGAAAGGACGUCCACCCAAUUACCUGUUCGCAGAAAGGUGGCCCUUCCUACAAAGUGUCCGGGUAUCAGGUUUCCUGGCAAAAGUUCAAGUUUAGAAUUGGGUUCAACCCAAGGGAAGGACUCGUUUUGUAUCAUGUUAAUUACAACGACAACGGUAACGUUCGUCCACUUAUUUAUAGAGCCAGCUUAUCAGAAUUAUUCGUCCCUUAUGGUGACCCCCGGCCUCCAUAUCAUCGCAAAAUGAUUUAUGACGCCGGAAAGUAUGGAAUCGGCCAAACAGCGGUCACUCUCCGCCCCACGCCGGAUUGUAAAGGCGGAUCCGUUCAUUUUUUUGAUGUCGUCGUUUCCACCAAAGCCGGUCUCCCGGUCACUAUACCCUCCGCUAUUUGUAUGUACGAGGACGACGCGGGGGUUCUGAUGAAGAAAUACAACACUCGCGAUAAGAGAUCGUAUACCGUGCGGAAUCAACGACUCGUCAUCACCUUCACGUCCAGCGUGGGAAAUUACGACUACGAGUGGAGGUGGAUCUUCCAUCAGGAUGCGUCCGUCCGGAUGGAGGUCAAUCUGCAGGGAAUUGAUGCCCCAAUUUUCCUAUCGUCUUGGGGCGAAAGUGUGACUCCACCCGAUCACGGGACAGUUUUCACACCCACGCCGGGCAUCCUGGCGCCGAAUCAUCAGCAUUUAUUCAUCGUUCGGGUGGACGCUGAGAUCGACGGGAAUGCAAAUACCGUCGCGAUGGUGGAUGUGGUCCCGGAUGGUUCGACCGGGACGUCUCAAAACCCUUACGGAAAUGGAUUCAAAGCGGUUCCCACCAUUUUGAAGACGCCAUCACAAGCGAGAACAAAUUCCAACGCAGCCACUGCGAGAUCAUGGCACAUUUACGGAGACAUAGAGAAGAAACACCCCUUUUCCCGGACACCGAUGGGCUAUCACCUCGUCGCAGGUAGCCCCGUUCAUCUCAUGAUCAAUCCGGACAGCCCUCUUCAUCCCAAGUGUGCCUUUGUCGAUUACACCGUAUGGGUCACGCCAUACGAGGAGAACCAACUCUACGCGGGAGGUGCGUACUUGAACAAUAGCGGACUUCCGGAAUGGGUGGCGAGUACACCGGAUGCAAAUUUGGUUGGUACUGACAUCGUUUUGUGGCAUGUUUUCGGAGUUACGCACAUUCCUCGAGUGGAAGAUUUUCCUGCGAUGUCAGUAGAAACUGCAGGAUUUUGGCUUAAACCGGUCAAUUUCUUCAAGGAAAAUCCUGCUCGCGAUGUACCCGGGUUUGUGCAUGAAGAUUGAUGUAGCUCAGCGUAAUAACUUAAUCUGGCUGAUCUUAAGGGUAAUUUUUAAUGAUACAAAGAUGUGUUAAUUACUUUUAUACGCCUUCGAAAUUUCGCAAUAUUAUGUACCAAGGAGUGCAUGAAUUUGCACACUGCAUUAAUCAUAUUUGAAGGAAUUUAAUAAGUACACUAUUUCCGAAAGGAAACUUUCAACAUAAUUUUUCUCUUGUUUUUCCUUUUUGGGUAUAACUCACAUAAUAAUUUAACCUUAUGUUCCAUCAAAAUGCGGGUAAUAUAUAAUUAUUUAUUUAUUGCAUCUUAUAGCCAACAACAACAAAUAU